AUGAGCAGUGGUUCACACCUUUCCUUCCUGGUUUUGGAUGGGCAGGUCUAUGAUCAGGCUGUGUCUGAGGGUCGUGACCUUAAAGAGCUGGCUAAAAUCAACAGUGGGGAAGGAUGGGGGCCUCCUCGACUCUGCCACAUCACUAGAAAUUAUGUAUCUGGCUUGGGCCUCAAAAUACUGCCCUUACAGGGAAGGAAAUUUCAUAUUUACUUUAAAUUAACAUCUUCAAAAUCAAACUUUUAUGUAAUGCAUAAUAGUCCUGGCCCAACCUACAACAUUAUUAUGUCCAACUUGUUGGAAGGUAAGAAAGGCAAAUUCAUUAUAAGCAAAAUCAAACAAAGUGGCCAGCAGGUCACCCUCACAACCAUGCCACCCCAGGGCAAAGAAUUCUACACUAAGUUGGGCCUUUCUCCAUUGCUGUUCUGUUCGGAUGUUUCAUCCUCCAGACCUGCAGAAAAAAAAAUGCCAGUGAGGCUUGAGUUUAUAGCGCCCCCUGUUUAGAGCCUGACGAAUCUGCAGAUCAAUCCUAAUAUUAGACUCUGUGUUCUAGAGAAAAGUUCAGUUGGCUUUGGCUUCAAUUUGGGUUGUGUCCAACAGAAACCUGGCAUGUUCAUCAGCCAGGUAACAGCAGGGGGAAGUUCUGGUCUCCUGCAGGGUGAUGCGGUGGUGGAGGUGAACAGACAGAAUGUGGAGAACAAGACUGUGGAGUAUGUGAUCUUAUGUGUAAAGAGUGGAGGAAGAUCUUUUACUUUAUUAGUAGUAGAUCGAAGAGGUUAUGAAUGGCUGAAGAUGAAUGUAAAGCCAAUCAAAGUUAAAAAAACAAGCAACCUCUAAGGUAGACAGAAAUGUAUCCAAUGCUGCAAAACAAGCAAAAGACGAC